GUUUUCUAAUACAGGAGACAAAGAAUUUACUAAAAAACAUGUUGAAACACAGUGGAAAUCACAUUGACCACAAGUCCGGGUAAGCGUUUUAAUUAGAUUUAAUUAAUUAUGGGUUAACAUAUCACACAGUGCUUUCACAUCUGAGUACUGGGGAAUUGAUAAACUCAAUACAAAUUAAAUAUAUACAUAUGGGGACAAUAGGAGUAUUUUAUCCAUAUUUGCAAUGUCUGCCCGCCCCCCCCCCUAUUGUGCUGAUAUAUUGGGACACUUAAUCCCUGUGAAGAUGGGCUCAGCUUGCAUUUUUAUAGAUGCCUGCAUUACAAAAAUUCAGACCAUCUUUUAUCCCAUUAUAAUAAUUUUUAGACAAACUUUUCUGCUGAUAUUUUAGAUAUUUAACGCAGCCUAAAAUUGAACUGUUACAGAGAUUCCUUUACAGUGUUUUUUUACCUGUUUCCUAUAUCCACUAAUACACCUGGUCACCUGUUUGCAGGAAGGUAUUAAAAAUCCUUACUAAGAAGCAUGCCAGUGACCUGGUCCUUGUGAUUGGAACCGGGGUGAGCGCGGCGGUAACCCCAGGUGUCCCUGCGCUCCGUUCAUGGCGGUGUUGCAUUGAAGCUAUAAUAGAUGCUGCAGAACAGUUUGAGGUAUUGCAUCCUGGGGACGUUGUGGAAUUCAGAAAAAGGACGCUGCGUGAGCAAGACUUACUGGUUGUCGCACAUGAUCUGAUCCGGAAAAUGUCACCGGUACGUUCCUUCACAUUUGUUAUUGGUACAAAGGUUACCGGAUCCAAACCGCGUUCAUUUCAUUCCUGGGCAAAAUGCCCACCGGGCUCUGGAAAGGGGAAAGGGGUUAAACUUACCUUUUUCCAGCUCUGGGCGGGGAGCUCUCCUCCUCCAAUCCUCCUUCUCUCCUCCCCGUCGGCUGAAUGCGCACGUGGGGCAAGAGCUGCGCGUGCAUUCAGCCGGUCACAUAGGAAAGCAUUCAUAAUGCUUUCCUACGGACGCUGGCGUGCUCUCACUGUGAAAAUUACAGUGAGAAGCACGCAAGCGCCUCUAGUGGCUGUCAAUGAGACAGCCACUAGAGGAAAUAGGGGAAGGCUUAACCCAUUCAUAAACAUAGCAGUUUCUCUGAAACUGCUAUGUUUAUGAAAAAAUGGGUUAACCCUAGCUGGACCAGGCACCCAGACCACUUCAUUAAGCUGUUAACAUGUUAUAUGUGUUAAUUCUGUGUUAAGCCAGCUGGGGAGAUCUGAUUUCCACAUGUUAUAUGGGAUACCGGAUAUUUUAUGGGUGUGUUCUGGAUGCUCUCUACGUUCCGUGUGCCGCUGCAUGUAUUAUGGGUGAUGUUAGUACUGUGGUUUGGUUUCGUAAUAUAUGGGAUGGUGGGCGCUAUAUUUGAGUUAUGUAAUGGCAGAAUCAGCCUCUGACAGAGAAACAAUUCAGCUUAUUGUGCACCUGCCAUCCUUAUUAAAUAACUACGAACGAAGGAUCGAUAAUAGCAAUGCAUCCUGUAAAGAUUCGAUAACUAACUGGAACAUACCACCUUUACCAGUAGCAGGGCUGUUUAGAGCUGCAUUCUUAAAUAAAUAGGACAUUUGAUAUUAGGAUGGGAGGCCAGAGUACGAUGAUAUAAAAUAUUGCUGGUUUUUAAGGGUUUAAAAAUAAAAAACAAUUUAUAUGUAUUUUUUCCAUUAGUACUGCUCCGGUUAUAAAGUGUAUAAUGUAACCAGAUGCCCAUUCCAGCUGAUCUGCAGACAAUGAAUUGAGCCAAAUUAUCGCAUGAUCAUGUUAUUACGGGCCAGCAAUCCCUGUAAUACCAGGCACGGAGUUCUAGUAAAUUAUAUAAUAUUGUAAAAUGAAUCUGAGUCUGACACAAAGUAAAUAGCUACACUUACUGUCACAUUUCACAUUAGGGCAACGAAAUGUGCUCUCCUUCUAUAAGGAUAAGGUAUAAGGCUAAAUCACCUAUAAGAUAUGGUGUAUAUACGCUUUCUUACAGUGUUAUGGUAAUGAAUUCCUCCAUGUAAUUAAUGGAUCACUUUAUACAUCAUCCAGAGUGGAGCGGCUCUUUACAGCAUAUGUGUUUUAUAGAGAACCGGUGACAACAAACCCAGCUUUUUCCAAGACUGCUUAAUGGAAGUAUAUGAUAACCUAGAAAGCCAUAUCCAGAACCCCACCGUUCUCGAGUCAAUCAUUAGUCUAAUGGACAAAGGGGCGAUGGUGCUCACUACAAACUAUGAUAACCUGCUGGAGCUUUAUGGGCAGAAGAUGGGCAAACCCAUGGAAUCGUUGGAUCUGAAUGAUAAAGUGAAGGUAGGUCACAUGUUCUGCAACAGAGGAGAUUUAAAUCAAAUAACCUGAAGGAAAAAAAACAUGGUUGAUGUUGUGAAUAAUUUCAUUAAUUGUAACCUUAUAGUUUAAUUUUUAGCCAUAAUUAUUAAAAUGGCCGUUAGCUGGGAUAUAAAAGGCAAUUUUCUGUUCACAGGUUAUGCAGUGGGUACAAAGCUGUAUUCAGUAUGGCGUUUUGCAUAUCCACGGAUUGUACACGGACCCCUGCGGCAUGAUUCUGGACCCAUGUGGAUAUAAAGAUGUUGUACAGGACUUUGAACUGAUUGUGAGUUUUCUUUACAAUUUCACAAUAUCCUAUGUGAAGGUAAAAGCCUCCUCUACACCCCUUCUAGUCAAUAUUCUGAUACAUAUAAUAUUUACAUUAUCGGUAAAAACUCAAUCUUUUGGUAAAUUUUCCCAACACGUGUGAGAUAUGAUACAGGGGUUAAACCAACAGAUAAAACACUAGUCUAGUAAGUCAGGUAAACAUAGAAAAACAUAUAGCAUUCUUCCAGGGGCUAGUAAACAUUGUGAGCAAAUGUUGAGAAUCAAACUCAAACAAACAUUAAAGAAAGUGCCCUUAGAAUAUUUGACCCAGUGAAUAACCAUAAAUGUACACACACAGCCACACAAAACACACACAUUCCAUAUGUCGUUAUAUCAAAUGUAAAAUAAAUAAGUCUUAUUCUGUGUGCCUCCUCUUUCCUUUACAGGAUGAGCUGCAGAGUUUGUACGGCAAAAAAUCUUUUGUUUUUCUCGGCUGUGGAGAGACGCUGCGGGAUCAGAUUUUCCAGGCUCUUUUCCUCUACACGGUACAGAAUAAAGUCAGUAUGGAGCAUUAAAUGCUGGUACAAAAGGAGAAUUCAGAUUCCUUCUAUAAGCUUCAGGCUGAUAUGCUGCUUAAUGGCAUCAAGCUAAUGUCCUAUGGAGAUUCGUUCACUAACUUUCCAUGGUAUAUAAAAAGGCUGUCUGCACUCAUAUGCAAAGAGAAGACUGAAGGUAUGUGCUAAAAUAAAGAGACUGGAAGCCACAAGGAAAAAGUCAUUAUAUGUGAUUAUAAAGUAAACGCGUAAAAUGUCAACACAGCCCUUACCAGCCAAUGGCAGUGCUGUAUGCAAAUAAUGAAUUACAUUUGCAGAGAAUUCUGGAGGUGUCUGUAGUGGCCACAUGGAUCAUGAGGGAUUUAAUGUAGGCAGGGGCUUUAAAUGGCCAGAUGGGUUUGGAGGUGUCUGAGAUAAGCAGAAGUGUUUGAGAAAGGUGAUUGGAUUGUCAGAGGUAUGAAGGGGCUAGUACUUUUUCUAACGGGCAAGGUAUUAAGUGAAGUUGGCAGAGGGCAACAGAGUGGUCUUAAGGUUACAGUUAUAUCUGAAACGAUAUGAGUGGUCUCUGAGGUUUCUGAAGUGCGUUAAGCGGUCUAAACUGGGUAGGGAUUAGAUGUAAAGAACAAAGAUAGGGUGGAGGCAAAGAUGGCCAAAUACCUUUUUUUUUUUUUCUUUUUUUUUUUGGAGGGGAAGGGGGGGUGUUUACAGGCAAGAACAAUGGAACAAAGCAAAAACACAAAAAUUCUGACGGCAACACAAAGAAUAAGUUUGGUGGGGCUUUAAUCAUAUUUGCUUGGAAUCUAAUCAGCUGGGGUCCAAAUGACACCUGUCACUGUCCAAUCACAUAUGGGCUGCAGUACAGAUUUGUAUGGCAGGUACUUUGCAGCUCUCUGUAUGGUUGUUUUAUAGAGAGAAGUCAAUAUCUGUCUCCUAGUAUGCCAUUUAGAAAAUGUUAAACGCCUUCAUGUUAUUACUGUUUAAUCGGAUAACCUUGAAUUACAAAACAGAAUAGUGAGAAUUAGAAAAGUCACUUCUUCCCACGUUUCCUAUUGUAUUUGUAGAUACUGCGCAUGUUGUAGAUGUUGAAAUGCUGUGUGGUAAGUAUACCAACAAUUCCAUACAAUACAUUUUAUUUUGGUUCAAAAUAUUUUGGAACUAUAUAUAAAACAGGUCCAUGUUUAGUAAACAUGAGGUAGAAACAUAGAACAUGUGUAAUCGUUUUCAACAUCUGUUUUAAAAGAAUUAAGCUGUAGAGGAAUAACAUUCAAUUAUUGAUGAUUUCUUUGUACAGAGCCAUUUGAUAAAAUCCAACCACCUCCCACCAACUGCCCAAAAGAGGAAGCUUGUUGAAAACACCGGGACUGUGAAUACGGCUAAGUUGAAGGCCUGAGAUAAGGUAUUUAGAUAUCUUUGCACAUAUCACUUAUACUUACAAUUUGUAUAUUUCUGUACAGGGGUGUUUACCUGGGGAUAGAUUGAGCCAUUAAUGUAGGGCCCUAUAGCCCUAGAUCUUUCCCCCCAUAUCUGCAGGACUGUCACAACCUUAAAAUGCACCGUCCCAUGCAGAGGGGUGCCCUGAGUGGUCAGUGGGGCAAUCAAAAUUUUCCCACACUGGCCAGUUGCAUCCUCUGUAGGGAGGAGCCCAGAGGUGUAUGGUAUAUAUAUAUACCUGGUAUAUGGCUAACCCGGCCUCUGGAUAGUUCAGCGCAGGUUACUGCAGCAAUGCUCUGAUAAUAUGAGCCCGGACCUUGCGAGAGCCAUUACACAAGGUCUGCACUCGGUAGAGGGAGAGACCAUUAAGCAGCAUUUUUAUAUAUGGCUCAUCUCCUCCCCCCCAUCCCCCCCUUAUAUUACAUAUGUCGUUAUAUCAAAUGUAAAAUAAAUAAGUCUUAUUCUGUGUGCCUCCUCUUUCCUUUACAGGAUGAGCUGCAGAGUUUGUACGGCAAAAAAUCUUUUGUUUUUCUCGGCUGUGGAGAGACGUUGCGGGAUCAGAUUUUCCAGGCUCUUUUCCUCUACACUGUACAGAAUAAAGUCAGUAUGGAACAUUACAUGCUGGUACGAAAGGAGAAUUCAGAUUCCUUCUAUAAGCUUCAGGCCGAUAUGCUGCUUAAUGGCAUCAAGCUAAUGUCCUAUGGAGAUUCGUUCACUAACUUUCCAUCGUAUAUAAAAAGGCUGUCUGCACUCAUAUGCAAAGAGAAGACUGAAGGUAUGUGCUAAAAUAAAGAGACUGGAAGCCACAAGGAAAAAGUCAUUAUAUGUGAUUAUAAAGUAAACGCGUAAAAUGUCAACACAGCCCUUACCAGCCAAUGGCAGUGCUGUAUGCAAAUAAUGAAUUACCGUAUAUACUUGAGUAUAAGCUGAGUUUUUCGGCACAUUUUUUGUGCUGAAAAACCCCAACUUGGCUUAUACUCGAGUCAGUCUGUAUUAUGGCAACUUACAUUGCCAUAAUACAGACCAGGACCGCCAGGCUCAUUACAAGCCCGGCGGUCCUGUUGGGGGCUGACAGCGAGCUCUUACUUACCUUCCUGCAGCUCCUGUCAGCUCCCUCCUCCUCUGUGCAGAUCCUCGGUCAGCUCCGUUCUGCUCCCAGUGUAAAUCUCGCGAGAGCUGCGGGUUUCGCGAGACUUACACUGUAAACAGAACGGAGCUGACCGAGGAGCUGCGCGGAGGAGGAGGGAGCUGACAGGAGCUGCAGGAAGGUAAGUAAGAGCUCACUGUCGGCCCCCGCACUGAACAGCCAAUGCCACUGGACCACCAGGGAUUUAAUAUUUUAUUUUAAUAAUAACAAAAUAAUAUUAUAUUAUUAUAUUAUUAUUAUUUUAAUAUUUGUAUUUUUUUUUUUUUUAUGUUUUUUUGUCCCCCCUCCCUGCUUGUUGCCUGGCCAGGGAGGGGGGACAAAAAACAUUUUAAAAAAAAUAAUGCAAAUAUUAAAAUAAUAUAAUAAUAAAAUAAUAUUAUUAUUUUAAUAUAUUUUAUUAUUAUAUUAUUUUAAUAUUUGCAUUCUUUUUUUUUUAAAUGGUUUUUUGCCCCUCCUCCCUGCUUUAAAUGUUUUUUUGUCCGCCCUCCCUGACCAGGCAACAAGCAGGGAGGGGGGACAAUAAUGCAAAUAUUAAAAUAAUAAUAAUAUUAUUAAAAUAAUAUUAAAAUAGUAAUAAUAUAAUAAUAUUAAAAUAAUAUAAUACAAUUAAAAAAUAAAAAUGCCCUCCCCUCAUCCAGUUUACACACACUGCACAAACACACACACAACACACAAACACACACACACUGCAUUAAUUAUAUAUACACACACAAACACACACUCUGCAUUCAUUCUAUACACACACUGUAAAUAAAUAUUCAAUUAAUGUAAUUUUAUUGGGAUCUAAUUUAAUUUAGAAAUUUACCAGUAGCUGCUGCAUUUCCCACCCUAGGCUUAUACUCGAGUCAAUAAGUUUUCCCAUUUUUUUGUGGUAAAAUUAGGGGCCUCGACUUAUAUUCGGGUCGGCUUAUACUCGAGUAUAUACGGUACAUUUACAGAGAAUUCUCAUCUCCUCCCCCUCCAAAACUAUUUUGGUACAAGUGGCCUGUAAAUUAAGUUGUAAAAAUUGUACGGCUCUUGUGUACUCAAGAUGUGACCUGAUAGAGUUAAACACUAUUUGGUCAACUUAAGGAUUUAUUCAGAAUGUGUGAAUUUUUUUAUUUUUGAAACAUUGUAAGAAAUUGACUCUAUAUAUUAAAUAGAAAAUAUAAUGUUUAAUUGCGCCCCAUUUCUUACAACAUUGUGCGAGCUAUGUGUGGUUAAAUUUUUUUUUUCAAUUAGAAAUCUAUUUAUUAUGCCAAAAUUGAAUGCUUGUAGCUUAGCGUGUGCACUGUAUACUCAGGAAAGUAAAAUGGUUUCUUUUUAAUUUACAGAGAAACCGGACACUAAAUACUAAAUCGACACCGGAUACUAAAUCAAUAAAGAGCUUCCCAAUUCUUGAAUGCCUGUGUCCAACCAAAGUGCCAUUUUGUACCAAACUCAAUGGAUGUGACUACGAGUAGUUUAGAUUUUUUUGAGGACUGUAUGAGUAUUGGGAUAUGUUUAUGCUCUCUCUCUCUGUGGGAACAACAUGUAUCACUUUCAGAAACAAAUAUCCAUACACUGACAUUACAGGUUAAUGAGCAGAAAGAAAACUGAGCCUGUCUACCUUGGGAGGACAUUUAAACAUAUUUAUUUAGUUUCGUUUCCUAUGGCUGUACAACACUGUGACAUGCUUCUAUGGAAUGGGACCCCAACGGAAAUACAGCUUUCAGAAUCCAUUUUAACAGAUUGUAAGCAGCUUUUUAAAAUGGGACAAUGGUAACUUUUUCUGGGUCUUUUACAGAACACAAGUCUUAAAAACAAAUACUUUUGUGAAUCAUCAAAAAAAU